CGGGAAUAAUAGGAUUAACUGAAGUAAGGAGAAGCAGUGCAGCCAUUUUCUCUACCGUGUGACUUCUAACGUUGAGGCUCAGAGAUACGGUAAAGAUGGUGAAGAUCUUCAUCGGGAACCUCCCGCAGGAGGCGGACACAGACGAGCUGCAGGCGCUCUUCUCGCAGUACGGGGCGGUCACGGAGUGCGCCAUCAUCAAAAACUUUGCCUUUGUGCACAUGGAAGACCGCAAAUGCGCCACCAAAGCCAUCCGCAACCUGCACCUCUACAAGCUGCACGGCACCCCCAUAAACGUGGAGGCCAGCCACGGCAAAAACCAGGGCCCGGUCAAGCUCCACGUGGCCAACGUGGAGAAGGGCGCCGAUGACGAGCUCCGGGCCCUGUUCGAGGAGUACGGCACGGUCACGGAGUGUGCCGUCAUCAAGAAUUUUGCCUUUGUGCACAUGGCCAAUUCUGAAGAGGCUAUGGAUGCCAUCAAGGGCUUAGACAAUACAGACUUCCAGGGCAAACGGAUUCAUGUGCAAAUCUCAAAGAGCCGACCUAGAGGUGAGGAGGAGGACGGGUAUGCACAGCCACCCCCAGACAGAGCAGGGUAUUGGGCCCCACGCUUUCCGGGGGACAGGCCCGAGCCUGGCCCACCGGGUUACUUCAGGGGUCGCUUCAGUCACCCGCCUGUCUCCCACGGGCACGGCUACCCCCCGGCCCCGCCGCCCCCGCCCCCUCCUCCCCCGAGGCGAGCCCCCUACCCCGACCGCUCCUCUUCCUACGACCGGGACCGGGAUCGCGAUAGCUACGGGGUGGUGGAUUAUUAUGAGAAAUACCGCGCCCGUCCCUACAGCAUCACCUCAUACGAGGAGCGGCGUGUCACUUCCAUCCCUCCCCCUCCCCCGCCUCCCUCCUCCGCCAUCAUGAGGGAGCGCCUAGCGUCCUCCGCCCUCGACCCCUACGAGCGUCGCCCCCUGCCGCCCCCGCCCUCCCCGUACUACUCCCGAGACCGCAGUCCCAUCCGGAGGGCGCCGCCUGCGGCUGUCGCUCCCGCUGGGAACGGCUACUCGUACGAGCGCUCCCGCCUCUCUCCGCUGUCCAUGACCAGGACCCCGCUGUACGGAAUGCCACGCACCCGAGACCCCUACGCCGAGCGGGUGCCGCCCCCGCCGCCUGCACGCUACUCUUACUAACCGAACGCCGGCGCGUAUGUUCAAGGUUUAAAUUAUCUGACAAGAUCGUCGUCUCCUGAUGCACGCGGCGCAAUACCACCUCGUCUGUGGCGGAUCGCGUUUCGUUCGACAGCGGCUCUUACAGAAGGAAUUCUAGCGCGGACCCUCCCGUCCCCAUAAAAACGCUUUUAUACUCGU